CUAGGAGAGAAAGAGAGAGAGAGAGAGAGCAGAGCUUUCUGCGUGUAUGUACGUGUGUGUGUUCGCUUCACCACUGUUCUGUUCUGGAGAGGAGGAUCAAGAGUACGGCAGGAAAAGAAGAGCGACAGAGAGAGAGUGAUCGACAGACUGAGAGAAACGGGUGAAAGAGAGAACAGAGGCAGGAGCAGAAGAGGAGGAGGAGAGAUGUCUGGGUUCACACACACAACAAGAUUUACUCUACAGAGCAGCAAGCUCUCCUGCACCGAGUCCCCUCUGAGGAGAGAGGGAGAGAGACAGAGGAGGAAAACAGAGGAGAGGAAGAGAGAAAGGGAGAGGAAGAGAGAGAGGGAGAGCGGUCCUUUCGCUGUUGCUUGUUGCUUGACGGCCCCCUGGCACCGCUCAUGUCCGAGAACUCGGAGAAAUCCUUCUCCUCGGAAAGGCCUGAGACGCAGCAGAAGGUCCCGUUGGCAACGCCCCCUCCCCCCCCAGCCCCUCCCCCCGCCCCGGAGGCUGCCCCCCCAGCCGAGCGUGAGGAGGAGAUCCUGGGCUCUGACGAUGAAGAGCAGGAGGACCCCGCCGACUACUGCAAAGGAGGGUACCACCCGGUGAAGAUCGGGGACCUUUUCAACGGGAGAUACCAUGUGAUCCGAAAGCUGGGGUGGGGCCAUUUCUCCACCGUCUGGCUGUGCUGGGACAUCCAGGGGAAGCGUUUUGUGGCGAUGAAGGUGGUGAAGAGUGCACAGCACUACACAGAGACGGCGCUGGACGAGAUCAAACUUCUGCGAUGCGUCCGAGAGAGUGACCCAGCUGACCCCAACAAGGACAUGGUGGUCCAGCUCAUCGACGACUUCAAGAUCUCCGGGGGCAACGGCACACAUGUGUGUAUGGUGUUUGAAGUCCUGGGGCACCAUCUACUGAAAUGGAUCAUCAAGUCUAAUUACCAAGGACUGCCCCUCCCGUGCGUGAAGAGUAUUAUUCAACAGGUUCUGCAGGGGCUGGAGUACCUGCACAGUAAGUGUAAGAUCAUCCACACGGACAUCAAGCCGGAGAACAUCCUCAUGUGUGUGGACGACGCGUUCGUGCGCAGGAUGGCGGUGGAGGCCACAGAGUGGCAGAAAGCUGGGGCCCCCCCUCCGUCUGGUUCUGCAGUCAGCACAGCACCACAGCUAAAACCGGUGGGGAAGGUGUCUAAGAAUCAGAAGAGGAAGAUGAGGAAGAGGCAGAAGCGCCAGGCCGAGUUGCUGGAGAAGAGGCUGCAGGAGAUCCAGGCUCUGGAGCGGGAGGCGGAGCUACACGGCCCCGCCCACAGCCCCCCGCCCCGCCCAGGCCACGCCCAGCCUGAGAGCGACGAAGAGGAGGAGGAGGAGGAAGAGGAGGAGGAGGAGGAGGAAGAGGAGGAGGAGAGAGGAGAGGGGGAGCGGAGCGAAGGAGAGGCAUGUCCACAGAGGCUCACAAACCACACGUGUGCAGACUCGCAGCAGCAGCAGGACAGUGAGGUCUCCUCCUCCACAGAAACAGCCGAGCAUGAUGGGAACCCCAGAACAGAGACAGACCCCCCAGCGGGGGAGGGGGGAGGGCUGGGGGGGGAGGGGGGGGAGGUGCUAAAAGAGGAGAAGACGCUAGCCGAGGAGAGAGAGGAGAGAGGGAGCAGCGGAGGGGAGGAGGAGGAGGAGGAGGAGGAGGAGGAGGAGGAUGGAGAGGAAGGGGGUGAGGAGAAGGCGAGCGCUCCGGCCCUUGGGGACAGCAGUAAGGCCAAUGGGCACGUGGUGCAGGGGGCAGAGGAGCGGGCGGAUCUGCGGGCGGCCAUGUUGCGCCCCUUGGUGGAGUCGGAGGUCAGCACCUCCUGCGCGCUCCUCAACGGAGACAUGCCCAUCCUGCCCAACGGGGGGCGCCACCGAGGCACCUCCCCCCGCUACCCUGACCUUCCACUCGACCCGCCGUAUCCCAGCAACCCCCGUGCCCCACCCACCUCCAGCCCCGCCCCUGACCGCAGGACUCCGCCCACAUUUGGCCCCGCCCCUGACCGCAGCCGCACCGUGUCGUCCUCCAGCACCGGGGACACGCCCACAGGUAAGGCCCGAGCAGCUGACCUCCUGGUGAACCCCCUGGACCCCCGAAACGCCGACACCCUGAGAGUGAAGAUCGCAGACCUGGGCAAUGCAUGCUGGGUGCACAAGCACUUCACGGAGGACAUCCAGACCCGGCAGUACCGCUCCAUCGAGGUUCUGAUCGGGGCGGGGUACAGCACCCCCGCCGACAUCUGGAGCACCGCCUGCAUGGCCUUUGAGCUGGCUACGGGGGACUACCUCUUUGAGCCACACUCUGGAGAAGAUUACUCGCGGGACGAAGACCACAUAGCCCACAUCAUUGAGCUCCUGGGCUGUAUCCCAAGGCACUUUGCACUCUCCGGAAAAUAUUCCCGGGAAUUCUUCAACCGCAGAGACCACAUCGCGAUGAUCGUGGAGCUGUUGGGGAAGGUGCCGCGUAAAGUGGCCUUCGCAGGGAGGUACAGCCGCGAGUUCUUCACCAAGAAAGGUGAGCUGAGGCACAUUGUGAAGCUGAAGCCGUGGUCUCUGUUUGACGUGCUGGUGGAGAAGUACGGCUGGGCUGUGGAGGACGCCAGCCGCUUCAGCGCCUUCCUGCUGCCCAUGCUGGAGCUGGUGCCCGAGAAGAGGGCCUCGGCCGGGGACUGCCUCACACACGCCUGGCUGCGCUCAUAGCGCCGCCUGCUGGGGGCCUCCGGAACGCCUCACAGGGACUGGGGGG